GCUGCGGCCGGCGGCCCUCGCCCCUUUCCCGCCCCUCGCCCGCGGAGCGGCCGGGCCGGGCCGGGCCCGCGCCGAGCGGGGCGGGCGGAGCGGCGGCGCCGGGCCCGGAGCAGCGCGGAGCGGAGAGGAGAGGAGCGCCAUUGGCGGCCGGCAGGUGAAAUCUUCUUGAGCUGAUGCAUUGACUACAUUUGGAAGCUGUACAGCCAUCAGCUUAGCUGCUCUGCUUCCUGAUACUGAAGGGUCUAGGAUUUUUGUUCAUGUAGACCGUUCAAAAUGAAUGAACAUCCUAAAAAGAGGAAAAGGAAGACUCUGCAUCCUUCUCGUUACUCAGAUUCUUCAGGUGCAAGCAGAUACAUAGACAACAGUGGCAUUUUUUCUGACCACUGCUAUAGCGUCUGUUCCAUGAGACAGCCAGAUAUAAACAGAGGUAGGUUCCACAGUCCUGUGCAGAGCCUGGACACAGAUGAUGACGGGAGCCCGGUGCACGCCGGCAGCUCCCACUGGAGCGGGGCACACUCAAACCUUGGGAUGCACUGCACAGAGCCUAAAAAGAAGGAUAAAGGUAAAGAUAAAGGUACUAACAAUGGAAUGUGCAGAGACUUAUGUGACUCACCUAUAUUCAGUGACAGCCCCACAGAAGAGGAGAAACCUCUAGAUAUCCAAACCGUAGAAAUUUCUACAACAGAAGUGAAUGCUGUAGAAGUUCAUGAUAUAGAAACACAGACUGUGUCACCUGAGAAGCUGGAAGCUGAGGACCUUGAGGAAAUCCCUCUGGAGACCUGCAAAAUCUUUGAGAAGAACCAGGCUUUGAAUAUCACAGCUCAACAGAAGUGGCCCUUGCUGAGAGCCAACAGCAGCGGCUUGUACAAGUGUGAGCUCUGUGAAUUCAACAGCAAGUACUUCUCUGAUCUGAAGCAGCACAUGAUCCUGAAGCAUAAGACAUGUACAGAAACUCACGUCUGUAAAGUUUGCAAAGAAAGUUUCUCCAGCAAAGUGCAGCUCAUUGAACACGUAAAAUUACACGAGGAGGAUCCAUACAUCUGUAAAUACUGUGAUUACAAAACGGUGAUUUUUGAGAAUCUGAGUCAGCACAUAGCAGACACUCACUUCAACGACCACCUUUACUGGUGUGAGCAGUGUGAUGUGCAGUUCUCCUCCAGCAGCGAGCUGUACCUGCACUUCCAGGAGCACAGCUGUGACGAGCAGUACCUGUGCCAGUUCUGCGAGCACGAGACCAACGACCCCGAGGAUCUGCACAGCCACGUGGUGAACGAGCACGCGUGCCGCCUCAUCGAGCUGAGCGACAGCUACAACAGCAAGGAGCGCGGCCAGUACAGCCUCAUCAACAAAAUCAGUUUUGACAAAUGCAAAAACUUCUUUGUGUGCCAGGUGUGCGGCUUUAGGAGCAGGCUGCACACAAACGUCAACAGGCACGUAGCUAUUGAGCACACCAAAAUAUUCCCUCAUGUUUGUGAUGACUGUGGGAAGGGAUUUUCAGGUAUGUUGGAAUAUUGCAAGCACCUAAGCUCUCAUUUAUCUGAAGGGAUUUAUUUGUGUCAAUACUGUGAAUAUUCAACGGGACAGAUUGAAGACCUUAAAACUCAUUUGGAUUUCAGGCAUUCAGCAGAUUUGCCUCAUAAAUGUACUGAUUGUUUAAUGAGGUUUGGGAAUGAAAAAGAUCUUUUAAGUCAUCUUCAGAUACAUGAGACAGUGUGAUUGCAUUCUUUCCCUGUAAUCAACUUGUUGGAAUUGGAAUUAAUUUCCAAUCACUGGAAUGUGAUAGUAAAUACAAUUUUAACAGCAGCUGUACGUUUCUAAUGUUUUCAUCUUUGUAUCAGUAAAGCAUGUAUAGCA